AUGGGUCUACAACCUUCAUUUGAACAAAGUUUGUUUAGCCUUAAAUGUAGUCAUUGUUGUUAAUGUUGAACUGGCGUCGUUUUGGUGCUUUGUUUAUCGAUUUUUGAAGGCAAGUUUCUUGGAAAGAUUUGGAUUUAAAAACGCCGGUUGCUUUUUUUAAUAGCCAAGACUAAGGCUAAGGCUAAGGCUAAGGCUAAGUCUAAGGCUAAGGCUAAGGCUAAGGCUAAGGCUAAAGCUAAGGCUAAGGCUAAGGCUAAGGCUAAGGCUAAGGCUAAGGCUAAGGCUAAGGCUAAGGCUAAGGCUAAAGCUAAGGCUAAGGCUAAGGCUAAGGCUAAGGCUAAGGCUAAGGCUAAGGCUAAGGCUAAAGCUAAAGCUAAGGCUAAGGCUAAGGCUAAGGCUAAGGCUAAGGCUAAGGCUAAGGCUAAGGCUAAAGCUAAGGCUAAGGCUAAGGCUAAGACUAAGUCUCAUGUUUAG